AUGGAUCGUUCAGCGUUCAACUGCUUGAAACGUUUCAUUUUAGCUCUUGCUUUGCUUUUUCUUCAUCGCAGUCGCCAUUUAUUAGUUGCUGCUGUAGACACCCUCUCUUUGGGUGCUUCUCUGAGGGAAAAGCAGACCAUAACUUCAAAGAAUGGCACUUUUGAAAUGGGAUUUUUCAGUCCCAAUGGAACCAAUAAAUGGUAUGUUGGCAUCUGGUAUGCCCAGAUCCCUGACAAGAACAUCGUUUGGGUGGCUAACAGGGAGACUCCCAUCAGAGAUAUGCCCAGUGUUUGUACGCUCUCUUCAACUGGCUAUCUCACUCUCUCUGAUUUGCAAAGAAAAGUCAUCUGGUCGAGCAAUAAUACUCAGCAAACACAGGCAUCCAGUGCUUCCAUACUCGAUACUGGGCAGCCCUUCUUCAUUCGAUUGGCUGCUUCUGAUGUGUCACAGUUGUCAGCGCACAUAGGAAGAAGUAGCAACAGAGUUGUUGCACUCUCUAUUUCAAUUUCUUUGGGCCUUGCUCUUUUGAGUGCUCUCUUCAUUCUUGCAUGGUUUAUUCAGUGUAGGUGCAAAAGACUGGUUGAGAAAUUCAUGAAGGAUGACACUUCAACAUCGCUCAGAGCAUUCAGCUACAAAGAGCUCAAAGUUGCGACCAAGAAUUUCACCCUUAAGUUGGGAAAGGGAGCAUUUGGCUCUAUCUUCAAAGGAUUUCUGUUAGACAAAUUGCUUGUAGCAGUGAAAAAAUUAAAGGGUUUCGUACAAGCAGAAAAAGAUCACAUCAUCCAUUGUGAUAUCAAGCCAGAAAACAUUCUUUUGGAUGCCGAUUUCUCUCCAAAAGUGGCUGAUUUUGGGCUCGCAAAGCUUGUUGGCAGAGAUUUCAACAAAGUGUUGACAACAACAAGGGGAACAAGAGGGUAUUUAGCUCCCGAGUGGCUUUAUGGCUUGCCAAUAACAGUGAAGGCGGAUGUAUACAGCUUUGGCAUGACCUUGCUCGAACUGAUCUCAGGGCAACAAAUAUGA